GAACGCGGCACCGGGCCUGCAGCUGCUCUUCGCUUCUCCUCGGCUCUUUCGGCUCGUGUUUCAGCGGUUAGAAACGGUGACAGCGGGCAGGUGUUUGUCCAGUUCCGGUUCUCCGUGACGGCGGCUGUUUGUUUGAUGUGAAUUAGCUUUAAAAACGUGCGUUGGUUCAGGAUGCGGAGCCACCGGAGCAGCUGCAGCUCACCGACCGCCUACAACCCCAACAACAACAACAAGGCGUCUUUCUGCCGCUAAUAUGCGGCUGUUGUCGUGCGGACCGGAGGCUGUGUUUGUUUCCUGUCUGGGCGUUCACUGAGCUGCUGCUUAGAGCUGCCGCUUGUUGUGGUGAAGAGGGGAGGAAGAAGCAGCAGCGACGUCCCGAGGAGGAGCGUCGUCCUGCUGGUGUUUUAUUAGGGAGCAGCAGCAGCAGCAGCAGAACACAGGGACUCCGACCUGACACCGACAAGAGGCAACAUGUUUGAGACCAGAGGGCUCCCCUUCGUGCUGCUGGAUGUAGUCUGUCUGGUCCUGGCUGGACUCCCAUUUGCAAUACUCACUGCACAGCACAGGCCUUUCCGCCGGGGCUUUUUCUGUAAUGAUGAUACGAUCAAGUUCCCCUAUAAAGAGGACACCAUUUCCUAUCAGUUAUUAGGAGGUGUUAUGAUUCCCGUCACAGUACUCACUAUGAUCUUUGGCGAGUGCCUUUUAGUUUAUCUGAACCGCCUCAAAUCCAAGUCGUCAUUCGGCAGCUACAUUGCCUGUGUUUACAAAGCUGUCGGCACUUUCCUUUUCGGUGCCGCGAUGAGCCAGUCUCUGACAGACAUCGCCAAGUAUUCCAUCGGCCGCCUCAGGCCGCACUUCCUGGAUGUGUGCAAACCUGACUGGAAAGUCAUCAACUGCUCAUCGGGGGCGUAUAUCGAAGACUUCAUCUGCCAAGGAGACCCAAAGAUGGUCAACGAGGGCAGGUUGUCCUUCUACUCUGGCCAUUCGUCUUUUUCCAUGUACUGCAUGAUGUUCCUCGCUCUCUACCUGCAGGCUCGGCUCCAGGCCGACUGGGCGCGACUGCUCAGACCAACCCUCCAGUUCUUCCUCAUUGCUGCUUCAGUGUACACAGGAUUUUCAAGAGUAUCCGAUUAUAAACAUCACUGGAGCGACGUGCUGACUGGACUCCUGCAGGGUGCCCUCAUGGCUAUACUGGUGGUCUUCUUCGUGUCACCCUUUUUCAAGUCACGUGCAGAUUCUCAUAAAGAGCAAGACAUCCCCCACACAACCCUGCAGGAGACGCCCACGAAUGGAAACCACUUUGAGUCCCAACUAAGCUAAGUGAGCGGCAGCGGUGACCUCUGCUCUGUCUGAACGCACAACAAGGAUCCCAGCUCUCUAGCCUUUCAUCUCACGCAAAUAUUCAUCUGUUACCCUGCAUGGAUUUACACUAUGAAGUACCUGAUUACAUUUCAAGUGAACUGUUGGAUGUUUUAGCAUCCCAGAAGAAACUCUUGGAACCAUGCCAGGCCUAAUUGUAAGACUAUAAUUUUGCCGUCUUGUCCACCAGUUCUCAGCCUGGAGGGAAAGUGGUGAGACGCCCCGCCGACCCCUGUAGAUGCGCUGAAUGACUGAAGCAGAUGUAGGUUAGAGGCUAGAGAUUCUGAACGGACGGGAACCAGUUAGCAUGUAUCGAUCUACUGAGCUGGUGGGAAGAUUCGCCUGCAUGCACCCACUAAAGGGUCUGACCACUGCUGGGAGGAGGGAGGACAGUUGGAAACCUGUGAAUGUAUCCUGCUUAGUGCUUUUCCUCACAUGGAGGAUCUGAUUCAGGGUCGGUUUUAUCUCCAGCACAUAGAAAGAGACAUCUGAGACUUACAACGUUGCUGCCAUAGGUCCAGUGUUGAUUAAAGGGCUAAUUAAAAGAGGAAUGUUUGUUUUUUUUAAGGCUAGAAUGUGCUGGAGAUAAAGCUGAUCCAGGACACUGCAGUCUUACUCUCCAGCUGUCUAACCAAAUAUUCUAAUCAAGACAUUUGAUUUGUAGCUUGGUUGGUUAGAGUGUUGCAGAGUAGACUUUCAGUUUGAAGGGACAGCUUGGAUUCUUUGAAGUGGGAUUGUAUGAGGUUUUUAUCCGUGUCAGUGGCUGUGAGAAACAUCCAGAAGGAGCUGCGCUAAAGCUAAGCAGUGUACAGCUGUAGACCAGGUCAUCAAAACAUAUUUUAGCUCCCUAGAAAAAAUGAGUAUUAACUUAAGGUUGUGUUAUAUUUGGAGAGUUUCCCUGCUUUCCUUUGCUGUCAGACAGCCCUUUUCAACAGGGAACUGUUUCAGUUUAUCGCUCUCUUCAAAGCACCAGACUUCAUUGACAAAAGUGUCAUUUUAGUUGUGAUCUCAACUAAUGUGUUUGGACAUAGCAAAAGGACAAAUCACACAUUAACUCUCCUGUUGUCUUCAUUUACCAGCACCAAAAAAUAUUGUUUCCUUGUCUGAAAAAAAAAUCCAAAAAUUCAGCAAAAAUAUUCCCCAAAUUUCUGAAAAUUUGCAAAACCUUCAGGAAGAAAAUUCCAAAAAUUCCUUAAAAAUUUCCCCUAAAAGUUUUAUUUUAAUAAAAAUCCCCCAAAUUAGGCAAGAAAAUUCAUGUAAAUAUUUUUUAAAAAUGAGUAAAGAUCUUCCAAAAAAUCCUAAAACUAUCUAAAGUGAUUACAUAUAAAUCAGUAAAACUAUUUUCUUAGAAGUGAAAUUCGCUGGAUUUUAGUUGAUUUUUUUUUUGGUGAAUGUUCUUAAGAAACAUUUUUAACUUUUUUUUUCUACCAAAAGUUAAAUUUCCCAAAAAUGUUGAAAAUGUGGACAUCAGAAGUUUCACUGAGAAAAUACUGUUUUUUUCCCCCCACAUUUUCAAACUUUAAAACAAUUUGACCUGCAGGAUGACACAAGGGUUAACAGACCAGCAACUUCUGUGUUCUUUGCGAUCAAAACACUUUUUGUCAAAGGAGUCUGGUGGGUCUAAGAGAGCUAUGGAACUGCUUCAGGUGCUCAUCAAGAUGAGCUGUCUGACAGCAAGGUAAAGCAUUAAAAAUAUUCUAAAUAGGGCAUACAUUUAAGCUAAUAAUGUACUUUUUUGCCGACCCAGUCAACAGCAGUACACUGCCAAGCUUCUAGCAGACGCUACUGUCUGCCUCUUCAGACUGGAGGAACACCAGCCACCAUCUACUGUAGUAAUAAACUACGGGUACAAACCUCCAACACUUCAAAUCAUCCAAACUCUGCCUUUAAGUCCCGUGUUGCCUUUGCUGGACUGCUACUGCUGCUAUCACAGCUCCCUGUGUAAUCAAAUGUAAACAUUAAGUGAACAACAAUGUGCUUUUAUAUAAUCUGUAUGUAAACAAAUCACCAUACAGACUUUUAUUGAAAAAAGCAAUGUUACAAAUAUGUACAAAUGUCUAAAAUAAGGAAAAAUAAAGCCAUUUUACUUACUAACCUUAACACCAGUGAAACAUAAGUGUGAUGUAUUAUGUCAGGAGCCGUCAGAUAAAAUGGAAGCAUGCCAGAUUUGUGAGUUUUUUCAUUAUGCAUCAUUUUGCUCAUGUAAGCAAAAAGCAAAAUAAAAACCUGAAUGUUCAACGUG